UCCCUUUGUUUUUUCGAUUAAGGGUUUAGAGUUCAAGCAAGAUGUCUUCCUUUGCCGGAUACGGGUCUCUUGCCCCUAGGACGAAGAACUGGAUUGUUGCUGGUGGCUUGACUAGCUUCGUCCUUGGAGUGUAUUACUACACCAUGAGGGCAGUUGGAGGCAAUGAUGAGUUACAGGUUGCAAUAGACAAGUUUGAAAAGUUGAAGAAAAACUGAAGCAGUAGAGUUCUGUGGCUUCUUCUCUGCUCAGCUUUCCAACUCGGAUACAGGCAAAAAUAUUUUACGUCCACGUUUUCUUUUACGAGACGAACUGAAUGUUGAGGAAAUAUUGUUUUGGGGGAACUAAUUGUGGUAUUUACUUACAUACCACCGAAUUCAUAUGUAUUUACAUGUUUGAUAUCUA